GGUCAGAGGUUACAAAGGUCAGUUUUUUUUGGCGGCACGGUCGACCAGUCAGGCCAGGCGACGCGUCGACGAGCGAGACUAGUACAGGGACGUUUGAUGAUUUGUACUGUUUAUCCGUCUGACAAAAAUGGCGCAAAACAUCCCCACAAAGAGACAGUCAGCUUUCGGGGUCUUCGUGAAGUCUAAGGUGAAAGGACCCACUAUUCAACAGACAGGUGCGACAAAGACUCCUAAGACUCCUUCGAAGAUAAGGCGUCUCAGCAUUAGGAAGUCCACUCGUAAGAUCAAGCAUGCCCUGAAGGGGAAGUCAGGUUCCCAGCCUGUGGCUGCACACAAGGACAUGCCUGUCACACAGAACACAGGACAGGGGGAGGAGGGGGUGAAGCUGAAGGGGUACAAGAUGAAGACAAGCCCAGCAAGGGUACAAGAACCACAGCGCACAGGAAGUCCUGAGGAGAAUAGUAUUGGAAAGGGUAACAUAAAGACUAACAUCAAAGGCAGUCAGAAUGUGCAAGCUGGACAGAAGUUCCAGGAGAGAAUAGCAACUCAGCAUCCACAGAAGAGGAAACCGUUUGGUAUUGAAGACAGUGAUGACAAGACUCCAGUUAAGAGGGUGAGAUCAGACACAGCUAAGAGUGUCCAGUCCCCUGCCAAAGCUGUGGAUGUAGGGGAGGUGGAGGAUAGCACAGAGGAGGCGGAGAAAAUGUUUGAGUGGCUCAUCCAUCCUGUCAAGAAGGAAAAGUUCUUCAGUGAACUGUGGGAGAAGAAACCCUUGCUGGUAAAGAGACACCUGGAGUCAUACAACGAUGGCUGGUUUAGCACAGAAGACCUGACCAAGAUUUUACACGAAAAUGACAUACAGUUUGGGAGGAACCUGGAUGUUACCACGUACGAGGGUGGGCAGAGAGAGACCCACAAUCCCCCAGGGCGAGCCAACCCUGCUGUUGUGUGGGACUACUACCAGAAUGGCUGUUCUGUGAGGCUGUUGAACCCACAGACUUACUCCCAGGGAGUCUGGAGACUGUGUUCCACCCUACAGGAGUACUUCAGCAGCAUGGUUGGUGCUAACAUUUACCUGACUCCCCCUGGCACCCAGGGGUUUGCUCCCCACUAUGAUGACAUUGAAGCUUUUGUGCUCCAACUGGAGGGUAAGAAGCACUGGAAACUCUACAGCCCCAGGAAUGAUGCUGAAAAACUGCCAAGAUUUUCCAGUGGUAACUUCAGCCAGGAGGAGAUAGGAGAGGCUAUCCUGGACGUGACCCUGGAGCCAGGGGACCUGCUGUACUUCCCCCGGGGCACCAUCCACCAGGCCUCAGCCUUACCUGACACACACUCACUACACAUCACUGUCUCCACCUGUCAGAGGAACACGUGGGGAGAUCUCAUGGAAAAGCUUGUGCCAGCUGCAUUGACAAUGGCCUUCAGUGAGGAUGUGGAGUUCAGACAGGCCCUACCUCGGGACUACCUGGACUACAUGGGGCUGGCUAAUGCAGACCUGGAUGACCCCAGAAGGAAGGCGUUCCUGGAGACCCUACAGUCCUUGCUGUCCAGACUGGUGAACUAUGUUCCUGUGGAUGCAGGGGUGGACCAGAAGGCUGUGGAGUUCAUGCGUGACUGUCUACCACCUGUCUUUACAAAAAACGAGAGGGCCUGCAGUAUCUAUGGGUGCAGAACCAGGCUGGAGAAGGGCAGAGUGGUCGGGUCUGUGGACCUCAAGACCAGCACACCAGUCAAACUCAUCAGGAAGGGGGCAGCUAGACUUGUGAUGGAGGGUGAGCAGGUGUUCCUGUACCAUGUGCUGGAGAAUGCCAGAGUCUACCAUGGGGCCGAGCUACAGCCCAUCGAGGUGCCACCCGAGGCUGCCCCAGCUAUUGAGUACCUGAUGCACUCCUACCCCGAGUAUGUCACUGUGGACAGCUUCCCUUUGGACCAUCAACAGGACAAGAUUGACUUGGCCAUGUUGAUGUUUGAGAAGGGAAUCAUCAUUGCUCAAGAACCAGCCUCUGUAGAUAACUGACUGUGAGACCCACAUGUAUGUAGCAUAACUGGAUAAGGAUGUCAGAGGUCAAAUGGUUUAUCACCCUUGGCUUGCAUGAACUUGCUUGACUAUCCUUUGUUUGAACUUGCUGAACUGCUAUUUAUUUAUAUGUACCUAAUCAUUGUUGAGACUUCUAUGGAUUGCUGCAAUGUUUGUUGCUAUGGUCAGCACAGGAAAAGGAUAGGAUGAAUUACAUGGUACAUGUUUUUCUGGUGCCAAAGAUGAUACCACAGUUUAACAUUGAACAAGAUGUUACAUAUCAAUGUAUCAUGUAACACUGAUAGAAGAUAUAUAUGUGUGGGAUAAUAUGUUAACGGACAAGUGUGAAAUUCAUGUAAUUAAUAUUUCAACAGCUAUUUCUGUGACUUUUUCAUAAGUGCUAGUAUUGUACAGUGCAGUCUCCUUGUAGUGUAACUUGAUUGCUAUAUUAGAAGGAUCAUUGUUGUAAGAUAUUUCUGUGACCCAAUUUUGCGUUUCCUUCUAGUGUGUAAGUCAGAUUGAAUUGUUGCUUUACUAUAGUUAGUUGCUGUCUCCGAUAGAUGUGAAACAUGGAAGUAUAAGACUAGUUUUUGUUUUUAUGAAGAUUGAAGAAAUCCACUGCUACAGUAAAAUUUGAUUUGUAAUGGCUUUUUUAGUGUUGCAUCUUUUACGAUUUUACUUUCUGUUCGACUGUAUUGAUUUAUGCCCUGUGCACCAUUUUGCUAUGAUCUCAAUUUCCAUUGUUGUACAAGUGUUGUAUGCCUCGUUUGAGGGGGGGGGGGGGCUUAAAGGGCUGGAGUGGAAUGAAUUUUUGUCCUCAUGCUGUAACAAUACAUGCUGUUGAUGUUGUGUUAGACAUUUAAAACUCUCCUCUCUUCUUUUAAUUAUUAUGUAGGUAGUAAUUCCCUGUAACUCCAUCCAUCAGUCCCAUAGUGUGACUAUGUAACAAAAUAUAGUACACCAGGUGCCUUUAUACACAACUGCUGUGAUUUGCUUCCCAUUUGAAAUUCUUUUUUCAGGUAAAGAUGAAGUCUGCUGUAUUCUUUACCAUCUAUGUUACUUUACCCUCCAUUUUUGUGCUUACAUGGUACUUUGGGAAAGAUCCAUUUAGGGAUGAGCAACAUGGCUUUCAGAUGUUAUAUGAAUGGCUGAUAUAUUUUGCUUUUCUAAAAUGAGUCAUUCUGUAUCAUUGGAAUGUUACUGUUGGAACUAUUAGUGUGAAAAAUGUUAACCUCGCUCAAUUUACAGGCCUUUCUACUUGGUCAGCAGAAAUAUAACC